AGGCUACGAGAUAUUGUAGAAACAACAACAUUUUCCAUGAAGUUUCAUUCAACACGGCACGGCCAAAGAUCAACGAUGUAAGUUUUUCGAUUCCGCCUCCCGGUGCUCGGUCGCGGGCACUUUGAGACCGGUUGUGAAUCCACCACAAACAAACAAACAAACAAACAAACAAACCACCAUCUUGACGCUACCUGUCUACAUCUACGUCAUUAUCUCUGCUAGAAGGGAUUUUUUCAAAAAAUAUUUUCGUUGACCAAGAAAUAAAGCCACUACUAGUAUUAUACCGAACAUCAAAAAAACACGACCCGCUCAUGACCAUAUCUGGCCGUUACACUACUCUGCCGCGGUGCAGCUACAGCUGUAAUCCUCGCCCCUGAGUUCGCGAGAAGCUGCUGCGGUUUAUUCCAGCUGCCGUGAUUUGGACCGACCUUAACGAGGAGCACGAGGACGACACCGAAGAUCUGGCGACAAGCGGCGAGGACGCACUUGAAAAUAUUACACUCCUGGUGCUCACGACAUUUUUACUAGAAACCAACCGAAAAAAUAAAAAAUGUCGGGCGGCGCGGUCAACAACAAGAUGCUCGUCAAGUGCGAGACCAAGUCGAACCGGGUGAAGGGCGUUUCGUUUCACCCGAAAUUGUCGUGGUGCUUAGCGAGUUUACACAACGGAACCAUCCAACUCUGGGACUACCGAUUUGGCACUUUGAUCGAGAAAUUUGAGGGAGGUAAAGGAACUUGAUCGAUCGUAUCGGAUGAUGUGAACCGUGAAAAAUUGUAUGCGCUGUCUGUAUCAUGACAAAAUUUAUUUUUUGGUGAAUGCGAAUAACCUAUUGCUAUUUGUAUAAUUUUCUCAUCUUUCAUAUUCAAAUACACAAAACCAAAAACCCAGAGCACGAGGGCGGGCCUGUGCGAGGGGUUUGCUUUCACAAUUCGCAGCCACUGUUUUGCUCCGGCGGCGACGACUACAAGAUAAAAGUGUGGAACUACAAGCAGAAAAGGGCGAUAUUUACGCUGCAAGGGCAUCUGGACUACAUUAUCAAAUGUAAAAAUGUCUGGGUCUGGGAACUUGUGAUGCUGGGUGGCGUCUCAUGAUGAGGCUACAAAUUCUGGCUCAGCAUGACAAGUUUCUGAGCUACUAGGUGUUGCCUAUUCUGCAUGACAAACUGUCUCUGCAUCCCAGAAAAACGCAGCUCUUGGGUAACGUGCGUGACAGAUUUAAGAGUCUUCAUGCCAGACAAGCAUGACAAACCUGAAUUCUUCCAGACCCAGACACUUUUACAGUCGAUAUACAUCCGAACGGUGCAGUUUCACCAUGAGGCACCCUGGAUUUUGUCGAGCUCCGACGACCAGACCGUGCGGAUUUGGAAUUGGCAAAGUACAUUAAAUUCUUUGGAUACUUGAAAAUUCUUGCAUCAGAAGACGAAUUUAAGUAGCAUGAUCUGCGUCUUGCUUUUGUAACACGAUAAAUUGUGAAGAAAUAAUGCUGUUCUGAUCUCGGAUAUCAAAAACAGAUCGCGGCUGCAUCGCGGUCCUCACGGGCCACAACCACUACGUGAUGUGCGCGCAAUUCCACCCCUCAGAGGACAUGGUUUGCUCCGCGUCCCUAGACCAGUCCAUCCUAUCAAAUGCAAAAAUGUCUGGGUCUGGAAGAUUCUAAACUUGUGAUGCUGUCUCUGGAUUCGAAAAAAUUUUGUAUUGCGUAACCAGUAAGAGGAGUAAAUUUUGUGCUCCGCGGAGGUGGCAUUUGUCAUGCGGAAUAGGCAUGAGGAAGCGCUCUAAAAAUCUGUGAUGGUAGGCCAUGCAUUACAGGCAUUAUGGAUCAUGCAAAAUAUGCAUGACAAAUCUUGCAAUCUCCCAGACCCAGACAUGUUUGCACUUGAUACAUCCGGAUUUGGGACAUUUCCGGUUUGCGCGACAAGGGCCGCGGCGGGUCCGGCAUGGGGAGCGGCAUGAUGCCUGGCUCGGGCGAUUUCUCCGGGAACGGCGCGAGUAACGGCAACAACGGGGCCAACGAUUUGUUCGGCACGUACGAUGCCGUGGUGAAGUACGUGCUAGAAGGACACGACCGCGGGGUGAACUGGGCCAGCUUCCACCCAACCCUACCGCUAGUCGUGUCCGGGGCGGACGAUCGGCUGAUUAAAUUGUGGCGGAUGAGCGAGUCCAAGGCAUGGGAGGUGGACACGCUGAAGGGGCACUUUUCGAACGUGUCUUCCGUCUGCUUCCACCCCAGGAAGGACUUGAUCAUAUCCAACUCCGAAGACCGCACAAUACGGGUCUGGGACUGCACGAAAAGGACGCAGAUUCACACCUUCCGCCGCGAGACGGACAGAUUCUGGGUACUUACCAAGAUCCGUUUUGGUUGAUAGUUAUUUGUUUCUAGACUCUGAAUUUUUAACUUUCAUCACAUCUCUACUAGGUUGUAAUAUUUUCGUGUUUUUUUUCACCACAGUACAGUUGGAGUUUAGGGUUUUAGGAUUUAGGAUCAUGAAGAAAGUUUUACCACCGGCAUAGAAUUAUCGAUAUAUGUGCUUGUUCAACACUUGCUGUAUCAGGUCAUCGCUACCCACCCCACCUCCCAACUGGUCGCGGUCGGGCACGACGGCGGCAUGGUGGUUUUCAAGCUGGAUCGCGAGCGGGCGCUGGCGCAGGUGGACUUGUCGAAGAACACACUGUUCCACGUCCGCGGCGCGGAGCGGAACCUGGUGGCGGAGCCCUUGGAGCAGCCGGACGGCCGAACGUUCACCAAAACUCUUAUGAAAGCCUCAGGUUGGAAAUCCUCAAAGUGGAAAUAAUUUGUAAUGCAAAAAAACAACUCCAGGUGAAGUGCCAUUUCUAGUCGGCGCAUGACAAAUUUUCCGGGCACUCAAAGCAUGUCUGUCAUGCUAGGUAGGGAAAGGGGUGCCCUUCUCUCGUGCUAAUCAGCAGCCCAAUGCUGAACCCCUAACAGGACAAUAGUCGGUCUCCAUUGUGUCCUCUGCAAUACAGUCUUUUUUGCCGUGCAUUUCAUGCAUCACAAAUUAUUUCCACUUUGAGGAUUUCCAUUCUGAGGCUUUCAUAACUCUUUGCACGCUGCGCCGGCCGACGAACGCCAUGCAGUCGGGUUUGAAGUCCCUGGAGGUGAACCAAUUUUCGCCCUCCGAGGGGUCCGCGGUCUUGGUGUACUACCAGAUCGAAACGGGGUCGUACGAUCUCUGCAUUGGGGAGCAGCCGCCGUUGUCCGGCUACGGCUCCGCGGUGUGCUUCGUCCAGCGCAACCGGUUUGCGGUGCUCCAGCAGUCGGGCACCUCGAUCGGGAUCUACAGCUUCCAAAACGAACUCACGAAGAAGUUCGACCACCCGAUCGGACAGAAUUCCUGCAUUGACAACAUCUUCUGCGGGGGUCUGAACCGGAUCAUUCUGAAGUGCCGGCGCGAAAACGCGGUGGAGGAACGGUCCGUGCUCUUCGACAUCGUCGCCCGGAAGGUGGUCAACGAGGUUUCCAUCGCCGGCGGGGUCCGGUACGUGGUCUGGUCCGCGAACUUCCAGUACUGCGCCCUGUUCUCGAAGCACAACUUGGUUUUGGUCGACAAAAACUUCGAGGUGCUUUUCACUCUGCACGAAAACAUUCGGAUAAAAUCCGGCGCCUGGGACUCGCAGAAUUAUCCUGAGUAAAAACGUCCCCAGACCAGAGUUGUCAUGCAGAUUUGCAAUGACAGGAACAUUUGUAAUGCGCAUCGCCAGGAGAGGCAUUUUUAGUCGUGUUUUGGAAUUUGUAAUGCUGUAAACAGGAUGAGCAGAUGGAUUUCUGACGCAGCUGGCCUUGCGAACCUGCACUACACUACGGACUGCAGCUUGUGAUGCGUGACCCGCAAAAGUUCUAGGUUUGUGUUGCAAAAUCCCCAUCUUGACUCUGGUGUGGGGAUGUUUUUACUCAGGAUAAGACUUCCGUGUUCGUCUACAGCACCCUGUCCCACGUCAAAUACUGCCUGCUCAACGGGGACUCGGGGAUCAUCCAUUCCCUGCAGCACCCGAUCUACAUUUAUUGCGUGGCAAAACUAUACCCCGUCCCCAUAGUGAAGGCGCAUCCGUUUGAAAAUUUGUGAUGCAGAUUUGUGACCACAAAUCCUGUCUGUCUUGUAAGAGGGCAAGCCCAGAGAGUCCGCCACAUCAUGCAGGCGGUUUGUGAUGCUGCUCGGCUUACAGCAAAGACGCUUGCCAUGCUAGGCGCCGACGUCAAAACCUCGCAGCUCAGGCUUGCCAUAUGCCUGCAGUCCUCUACUGCAAGACAGAUCGCAUUUGUGUACGGAAACCCAGCAUCAGAAACUUCGUUUCGCUAUGGGGAGGGGGCAUUUUUCCUUUUGAUAAUGUUCAGGCGGUGUUCAAACAGCACUUGUUUUACAUCGACCGGGAAAAGGGGGAGGUGAGUAACUACUGCAGUCAUGCAUUACAAAUUUGUUUCUGAAAGCAAAUCCGCAUUACAAAUUCCAGAACGUAACUGGUGACUACUACCACUACCAGGUCCACAAGCAACGGCUGAAUUGCACGGAGUACCUGUUCAAGCUGUCUCUGGCGUCGAAAAAUUUCGACGACGUGAAAAUGUGGAUCAAGAACGGCAGGCUCGGCGGCAACGUGGUAAUCGGGUAUUUGAUAUCCACUGCAAAUAUAUCUGGGUCUGGAGGCAUGCAAGUUUGUCAUGCAGGUUUUACAUGACCCAUGAGGUCUGGAAUGCAGAACCUAGCAUGACACAUUCUGUUAGAUCUCUGCCAUGCCUUUCCUGCAUGAGAAACCUCCUCUCAACUUGGUCAAAAGUUGACAGCCUUUGGCAUUUAUGCAACACAGAUUUUUGCAUGAUUCAGGAUUGGCAUGACAAGUUGUCGCGUUCCAGACCCAGACAUAUUUGCAAUUCAUAUUUGAAAAAGAAGGGCUACCCAGAGGUCGCCUUGCAUUUCGUCGAGGACCAGCAUACCAGAUUCAAUCUAGCGCUUAUGCAUUGCAAAUAUGUCUGGGUCUGGAAGGUUGCAACUUGUGAUGCUGUUUUUGGAUUUUUAAAAAAUCUGUAUUGCAUGACAAGCAAGAGGAGUCCAGUUUGUGCAACGCGGAGAGGGCAUUUCUCAUGCGGAAGAGGCAUCAGGAAGCCGGCUCAAAAUCUGUGAUGCUAGGCCAUGAAACGCAGGCAUCAUGGGUCAUGCAAAUAUGCAUGACAAACCUGCUGGCAUUCUUCCAGGCCCAGACAUAUUUGCAUUUGAUAGCGCUGGAGUACGGCCAUAUCGCGGAGGCGAUGAAGGCGGUAGAGGAUCGAUUUUUCUUGUAGCAUAUUAAACGGACUACAGGAGCUUUUGCUUUAAUAUGCCUGCUCCGUUUUUAAAACAACUACUAACUCCCACUGCAUGCAUAAGAAGAUCACGAUUCUGGCCCGUAAUUUGAAUUUCAAAGUGAUUUCAUCAUGUUUGCAAAAUCUUCAGGCGAGAAACAGAACUAGUACUUUACAAUAGACAUCAAAGUAGAUACACGACCACACCAAAUUUUUCUGCUUGCAGGCCCAAGAACUCCAGGACGCCACCGUGUGGACGCGGUUGGGCACGGAAGCGAGUCGCCAAGGCUCCGCGGAAAUUCUGGAGAUGUCGCUGCAAAAGACGAAAAACUUGGACGCGCUCUCCUUCCACUACUUGCUGACAGGGAAUUUGCUGAAGCUGGGCCGAAUGCUGACCAUCGCGGAAAAGAGACAGGACAGCAUGCGGAGGUUCAACAACGCCCUCAUGCUGGGAAGCGUGGAAGAGCGAGUAAAGGUGUUGGCGGAAACGGGACAGGUGAGCAUGUUGGAAAUUGCACUUUGUAUGAGUAGAUGUUGAAGUUGAAAAGUGUGCACCACCAGCCACUGUUGUGUUGGUUCUUUUGCAGAGAUCGCAACCUCCAGCGUCGUCCGGACUUUUUUCAGAAGUAAAGAUGCUGUGCAGUGUAGUACAACUCGAAAUAUUACUGUGACAACAUGAUCACCCUCGAUCGAUUUAUCAGGUCCCCCUUGCGUACCUGACCGCCAAGGCGCACGGACUCACGGAGCUCACCGAGGCGCUCGAAUCUAACGUGGAGAAAGAGAAGAUCGACCGGUUUUUGCUGAUAUGCAUCGCAAAUAUGUCUGGAUCUGGAAAGAUGCAAGGUUUGUCAUGCUUGGCUAGCAUGACUCUUAAGUCUGUCAUGCGCGUGACCGAAGCCCACCUUCUUUCUCUCAUGCAGAAGCUCACUUUGUCAUGCAGAAUAGACAAGACUGCAGCAACUCCAAAACUUGUCAUGCUUAGCAGUCAACUGAGGUUUCCUCCUCUUUCUCAACCAGCAUCACAAGUUUCCAGACCCAGAUAUUUUUGCACUUGAUAGCUGACCAAGGUGAAAACGCCGAAACUCCUGAUUCCGCCCGUCCCGUUGCGGAAUAUGCAAUGCAAAAGCAUCGUACUAGUGUAAGUUGCAUUACAAAUUAGCCCAGCAUUACAAAUUAGAUUUGUAGUGCUGGUUUGCCUUGACAAAGAAAUGCAUAAAUGCAAUUACUACGAGUACGAUAGUUUUGCACAGCAUAUGGAACCACAAGGAGCAGCUGGACGUCAACUGGCCGCAGCUGCAGUCGCAAGAGAAAAUCUUCGAGCACACGAAGAUGGAAAACGUGCCCGACCACGUGCCACAGCAGCACAUUGUGAAGGAUUUGGACCCCACGGCAAACGCGUUCCAGGACGCCAUGGACGGAGUAAAUGACGACGGGUUUGGUGACGCGAACUUGGAUUCCGUGGGAGAUGGCUGGGAAGACAUUGGAGGUAAAGAAAAAAUUGGAUUUUUUGCGCUGGUUUUUGAUUGCAUUGUUCCUCACGGGUGUACUAAGCAGUAGUUCAUGCAGCAGCUGCUGUGAGUACUAUCAAAAUGAAUUCUAUCUAAAUUGGUCAUGAACUACUACAAAACAAAUUUUCCACCACAGACGACAUUGUCAUAGAGCCAGUAGCAGGAGACGCCGCUGGAAAACCCCAAAAACCAGCACUGGCACCCGGUAUCAAAUGUAAAAAUGUCUGGGUCUGGAAGAUUCUGACACUUGUCAUGCACGUUUUGCACGAGUCCUGAUGUCUGUGAUGCAUGUCCUAGCAUCACAGAUUUUUUGAGAGCUUCUUGAUGCCUAUGCCGCAUGACAAAUGCCCUCUCCGGGUAGCAAAAAUUACAUUCCCUUUGGUACUCAUACAAUACAGAUUUUUUUGGAAUCCAAAUGCAGCAUCACAAGUUCCAUUCUUCCAGACCCAGACAUUUUUGCAUUUGAUACCCGGCGAGUCACCACAACAAGCGGCGCUGAAGCAAAGUACUUAUAAUAUUGUGCGGACUAGAACUAGAUGUUCUAUAUGCAUCAACUUUUACAACUCACAACUGCGUUGAAACGUGCAUCUCGAAUGUUUGCCAUGCUUUCAAGUUGUAUGAGCUUUAAUAACUCUUUGAUUUUCACAAUUAACCACCUCCAUCAGGAAAGCUUUGCGUCGAUUUGGUAAUAGCGGGACAGUUCGACGACGCCCUCGACUACCUUCGCAGAAGAAUUGGACUGGUGGACGCCAAACCCCUGCUCCCCUACUUUGAGAACCAGUUCCUCGGCUCCCAGUGCUCCGUCCCGGGGCUCCCCAACACCCCCUCCCAGCUCCAUCUGCUCAUGGACGGCCCCAAUUCCCCGCGACUAUCAAAUGUAAAAAUGUCUGGGUCUGGAAGAAUGCGCGACUUGUGAUGCAGGUUUUCCAUGACCCAUGAGGUCUGGAAUGCGAGACCCAGCAUGACAGAUUCUUUGAGCUCUCUAUCAUGCCUUUCCUGCAUGAGAAACUCCGUCUCAACUUGGUCAAAAGUGGACAGCUUUUGGGACUCACGCAACACAGAUUUUUGCAUCAUUCAGAUUUAGCAUGACAAGUUGAAUUCUUCCAGACCCAGACAUUUUUACAGUUGAUAGCGACUGCUCUACAGCUACGCCUCUCUGGUGGAAAUGAAGCGCGAGGGGCACAGGCAGGUGCAGAGCGGGAAGUUCGACGAAGCGCUGGCGAUCUUUAAGAAAUUGCUGCACUGCAUCACGCUCGCCGUGGCGGGUAAUGCGGAGGAGGAAAAGGAGUUGACCGAGCUGAUUACGACCGCGAGCAGUUACGUGUUGGCGUUGAUGAUGCAGAUCGCGAAGAAGGACACGACGGACGUUAAGAGGGGGGUGGAGCUGGUAAACCUGAUGACCGUCGUGCAACAAAACAUCGAGCCGCCGCACCAGUUAUCAAAUGCAAAAAUGUCUGGGUCUCGAAGAUUGCGAGAUUUGUCAUGCUUGUCUGGCAUGGCCAAAAAGUUUGUGAUGCGUGUCCCAGAAGAGACCCUUUUGAUGCCUGUCAUGCAAAAACGCAGUUUGUCAUGCGAAAAACACGACACAAAAGAGCGCAGAUAUUUCUCAUGCUUGGCUGUGCAUUACAGAGCAUUCAUUAUUCCCAACGCAGCAUCACAAGUUUUAGUUUCCAGACCCAGACACUUUUGCAAUCCAUACCAGUUUCUCUUCCUCAGGCAGGCCAUGACUGCCACCUUCAAAGCGGAAAACUUCAUCGAUUCGGCGCACUUCGCCACCAAAAUACUGCAGAAAAACAUAAAUCCCGCGGCCGGGGGCUUCGUGGAAAAAACCGUGCAGCAGGCGCGAGGGGUACUAGGACUAGCUUUCCUUUUUUUCCACUUGAUAGAUUUGUUUCUUAUUAUUCGUAGAAAAAUAACAAGAAAUUACAACAAUUAGUUGUGCGCGACAUUUUCGCACGCGGAAAGCAACAACUAACGAAAAUGUAGUCCACUUUUGAUAAUUCUGCUCAAUCUCUGGAAAGGUCCUCCGCAAUGCCGAGGAGCGGGGAACAAACGCCCUGCCAUAUCGUAAGGAAAAAUCCCCCCUCCGCAUAUCGAAAAGGAACGUCUCAGAAAAUUUGUAAUGCUGAUUUGUGGCCACAAAUCGUGUCUGUCUUGCAAGAAAGCAACGGCAUGGGCGCCGCCCCAUUAUGCAGGCGGUUUGUCAUGCUGUUGGUCCUACAGCAUAGGCGUGCCCCAUGCUAGGCGCCUAGGCCAAAACUUCUCCAUAUUGGCACGAUAUGGGCCUGCAGUCCUCUACUGCAAGACAAAGCUGAUUUGUGUACGCAAAUCCAGCAGCAGAAGUUUCGUUUUGAUAUGGGGUGGGGGCUUUUUUCACUUUGAUAUCCCACUCUCUUUCGACGUGACCCGCGUCGAUCCGGCGACCGCAAAAAUCUGCGCGGAAUCCCUGACGGUCAUCCCAGAAGGCGAGCAGUACGAGCGAUGUAGCUUCUGCGCCGCGGUCUACAAAAAAAUGUAUCUGAAGCGCAAGUGCCGCGUGUGCGGCCUAGGGGAAGUCGGCAAGCAGGUCAUGGGUAUCGAGUUUCGGAAGAAAUUUUAAGCGAAACUUUGUUGUGCCACGUUUGAAGAUGUGCACCGCUGCGCCAUGAAAUUCUUGAAAUGCGUAGUGACGAGCACUGAAUUUUUCACGACUUUUAUAAAAGAACUACAGCAGGACUACAAAAACAAAAGAAAAGCGAAUACGUCAAAUAUGCACGAGGUCCUGUGCAAAAACGAGGAAUGAUAGACUCGUUUGAUGCACAGUGACCCAGCGGAUAUGCCUUCGGUAUCCGACAGGUAGGGAGAUUUGUUGUUGUUUAAUACACGAUGUAGUCCUCUUCACGAUGGGAAGUACUAUCGUGGGCGGGGGCUGAUUAUAUCGUAGUAAGUUUUAGUUAAGUACCCUCUGGGACUUCUUAUGUAAGCGUAAGACUUCUCAAUUUUUUUCCUCAACCCUGUGUAGUAAGUACCCUAUGAUUCCUUUGAGAUAAUUCUAGCUUGUCAGACGAGAAUUGUAACCCAAUUCUUCUGCGACGGCACGAGCUCGGCUCCCUUUCUCCCCUUGGCGACAAAAAAUUUCGAAGAAAAACCUCACUCACUCAUUUCGAUUUCAAAGAAAAUCUGAGUUAUGUGACGGCUACAGCGAAAAGAAAAUCUCCAAAGGCCAAACAGAUGUCGCGGUCGCAGGCAGGCUGCUGACCGUGGGAAUAGUGUUCGGCGACGCGGACUUUGAC